AUGCAGGAAGCCAGCCAUGAUCCCCAGGAGCUCAAGGCAAUCCUGCAAGGUCUCGAUAGCCGGGACGAGGUCUUUUCCGACUGGCUGAGAGAGAAGGGUGCUGCCGUGCCACCUGAAAGCUGGCUCGCCACCUCCCUCCUCUGGCGCGCACAACGCUUGGGACUCACCGAUCCUUUGCAUCGGAGCUUAGUGGCGCCCUAUUUGCCCGGAGGCAGGAAGCAGGGUGCGUACGAAGAGAUGUAUGCCUUGUGGCGUGCCGCCGGCCUCUUUGACGCCAUGCGCGCUCGUGCAGCGCAGUCCGCCACGGCGGACCUCACUACGUCGGACGACUACGACAAGUUUCUGAAUCGAUGGCUUACCAGGCUCAGAUAUCAGGUGCAGCCCUUUCCAGCAGAAGCACGGAGUGCCCUGAACUUUGCCAUUGAAACCUAUGGCUUUCAGAUGGAAGAUCCAGCGAUCUUCCAGCUGCUGGAAAACCACACAGCUGAGGAUGAGAAGUUGAAGGAAGACAUGGAGGAGUUGAAGGCUUCGGUUCCGGCUGCCGAACUGGGCUGCAAAGAAGCAGCUGACCUUACGAAACUGAAAGGACACGAUGCGCUUUUCGUGGGGCAUAGCAACUUCCACGUGCAGAACCCCUACCAGCCCUGGGAGGAUGUGAGUGUGGCCAUCUGCAAGCGCUUCAAAGAGCAGUGCACCAAUCCUUUGUACAACGAUAUCGGCUUUUACCAUGCAGAGGACCUUUUGGAGGAUCUUUUUGACCCCAAGGUGGAUCUGGAACCGUUGUCGGGGCAGUUCGAGCUCAUUGCGGGUGUUCAUCUCAUCUUGAACGAGCCCAUGCUGCAGAGGUUGAGGAAAUUGUUGAAGCCUGGAGGCAUCAUCAUUUGGAACACCUGGUUUCGACAUCAAGGUGAAUACCCGGGGAUUUUGCCGGAUUUGCAGCGUUUGGGCUUCGAAGCAAUGCGAGAUGAAGAACUUCCCCUGAGCUUUGUGAGCGAACCCUUCCAACAAGCAGGUUUCAAGUUUCGCUUCUGCUACACGCGCAAGACCGCCACAGAGACCGUCUCAAGGCGGCCAGUGGUGGAUGCGACGCCCAUCACGGGCGUGCGCAAUUCAGUGGCCUGGAAGCUCCGGGCCGCGGCUGUUUGCGAAGAGGAGCUGGUGGUCUCGGAGCUGGUCCGUCGCCUCUGCGACGAGCACCCGCCGGUGAGGCGUUGUGCCCUGCGGACCCUGCAGGAGGUCGUGCCCCAGAGCUGCGACGUGGUGUUACCACUGCUGUUGUCCAGAACUGGAGCGGCCAACGCGGAGUCACGACUUGACGUGUUGAGUGCAUUGCAACACUUUGACGGAGGCGCCGAUCCACGUGUGGCGAAGGCUCUUGUGGCACGCUUAAAUGAUGCAGAGGCACGUGUGAGAGCUAAAGCGCCCGGCUGCCUUGCAAACUGUGGCGUGAGAAACGAGGAUCAGGUGGUGAUGAAGGUGUUGGAACGCUUGGAAGAUGUGGACUUUCACGUCCGUUUGGCCGCUGCGGAGGCACUGCCUUCCUUGGCAGACCGGCAGAACCACAAGGUGCUGCCAUGCCUCGCUCAGCUGUGUCGCAACCAUCGGCCACCGCCACAGCGAGAGAACCUCAUGGAGGGCGCAUGCCUGGCCAUUGCCAAGUGGUGCUGCAGAGGCGACGUUGAGGGGAUUGAUCUCAUUGGCGGGUGCAUUCACGCAGAGCACAUCCAGGCCAGUAGGGCAGCCUUGAAGGCUUUGCCACUCAUCUCCAUCAGCGGGCAGCAUCAGAGCCUAGAGCUGGCAGCACAAGCGCUGAACCAUCCGGAGCUUGAGAUCCGCGAACUGGCCACAGAGGUUUUGGCCCAGCUCCUGCCUACCGAUCUGUCCACCUCCAGCGGGGAAAGUCAAAUCUUUCAAGGCACUUGGAGCGGUGGCCGUAUCGAGGGAUCGACGAUCUUUUGGGCAAAGGGCGACGCUUCAUCCGAAGUCACCAUCAAGAGCAAGUCGAUGUUCCUCACCCAAAGCGGAGAUGGUAGCACCUGCUGGGCCCGGCUCCUCACCCCGGAUCGGCUUUGCUGGUUCCCGGAGGGUUGCGAGUGGCGGAGAGUCUGCGAG